CAGCCGUGUGUGUUCUGCCUGUUUUAUGGGAUAACUUGGAAUUUGAAUGGUUGUUUACAGGUUUGUGAGGUUGCAGGGUUGACAGCUGGGGGAACUGAUUGGACCGUUAUGCCACUUUUCCUGUGUGGGUGUGUCGAAGGACCAGUGUGCACUUUGACCCAGAGGAUAUCCUGUGCCUGCUCAGCAGUUGGAGCCUGAGUGCACUAAAGCCAACAUAAGGCAAAGGAUCUUCACGGCUUUAUGCAUAUUUACAGAGAUAGAAGGAGAUUUAAGCGUUCUCCCAAGCAGAUAAGAGACAGACUGGGAACAUUAACCUACAAGCUUGACAAUGAUGGAAGAGGUCAAAGAAGGGACGUCUAUUCUGAGUGUCCACGGUCACAACAUCAAGGUUACAGAGGUGCUGGCAGACGGGGACACACUCACCUUCCUAAUUGUGUCUCAAAAGCUGUCGGGGACGGGGGAGUACCAUGUGGAUCGGACCUAUGAUGACUUUGAAUGGCUGCAGCAGCAUCUGUUCUCUCAGGAGGAUGUGCCCGGGAUUCAGGGAGUCAUAUUUCCGCCUCUUCCUGCAAAGCCUCAGGUGAAUGCAUCUGCCAAGGUCAUGAAACAGCUUGGUUUCCUUGGUCUAGGAGAGUGGAGGCCAUACUGUAAAGCACUGGAAACUUUCCUGCGGCAGAUUGCUGCACACAUCAUACUCAGCAAAUCUAAAGCUGUGGAGAUCUUCCUGACAAGCCCAGAUCCUCCAGGCAGACAGAGAGUAAGGAAAAACAUUUUCAACCGUCUGAGUCAAGCUGUGGAAGAGAUGAGGAAAGAAGGCCAUAAGGAUGUGGAUGAGUUCUUUCAAAAUGAACGGGAUCAUAACCUCGUUCUAACCGGCUGCACCAAGAGUGCAGCUGAGAGAUUCCUGGAUGUGGUGCUAACUGAGCAAAAAAUAGCAGUGGCCUGUGGGCACUUCUCAGCUGCUCUGCAUCUGUGUGUGGAACCAGGGGAGGAUCCUAGCAAACAGGCUUUCUCUAAGGCUUGUGUGAAGUUAUCAGAAGUCUUUGAUUCUAUGAAGAAAAAUAUGGCAAGUGUUGCUGAGAACAACAUGAACACUCUUGGGCUCGGCCUGGACCUGGACACACGCUACCAGGAGGCUGAAAAGGAAAUGCUCUUCAGGAGAAUCUGUAAGCUGGUGGAGCUAGAGAGUGCCAGAAGGAGCGCAGAGAGGGCCAAACCUGUAAAGAAGGCUGCUAUGGAGGAGGUGAAGAGGGCAGCAGAGAUGGAGUUUGAUCACAUUUGUGGAGUGGCGAAACAGGAGAUUGCGCAGUUCCAGGGUGCACGUGUGGAGAUGCUGCAGCAGGCUCUGGUUCAGUGGUGUGAAAAGCAGCUUCUUACAGCCAAAGAGAACGCUGACCAGUUAAACCAGCACCUGCAAGCCUUUAGAGGGAUGGCCUAGUGACCCCACACUUAAUGAAGCGUCCUCAGUAUGUCUAAACAUAGCAUGGGCUAACACAAACACGUCCUUCACAAUGUUCUGCCGUAGUCUGAUGAUGCCUUACUGGGUUCAGGUACAUCCAGUGUAAAUGGAGAUAUGGAAGUAAACGAGAAAGAGACGCCUUCCUGAUAAUAGAACUGGAUCCCUAUGAUUUGUAUAUACAUACACACACACACACACACACUCUGCCUCUGUCACACUGCUGGGUUUGAUUUCUUAGCGGUGGACUUGUCACCUGGUAAGGCCAUUGUGCGUGUGUACACACUCAUACAUUCCCGCUGAGAGUGUAUUGUGCUGCUACUCGAGCUACUACAUCAGCUGGGGUCACACAAAAUAAAGUGUGAUGAAUUGAUUCCCAAAGUA